AUGUACGAAAUCGUCACGUCGUACAGGUUCCAGUUCCUCAUCAGGUUCCUCGCGGUCCUACUGGAGCAGCUCAACGUGCUCUCCUCCGUUUUCCAGAAGCGGGAGCUCGACUACGCGCAGGUGCACACGCAGAUUGUGCGCACGACAUCGAUCUUGGAGAGCCGUUACGUCGACUGUGGUGACGACUUCGGGGGAGGGCCAACCGAGAGGCUGUACCGCUUCAUCGAGAAGCACGGACCGCGUGGUUCACCAGAAAUGGUGAUCGAGGGAGCUUCGUCCGAUGGCAGUCUCAACCGCUUCAAGGUGACGCUUCACGAGCGCACCAACCCGAACUAUCGUGGGCCCGGCCACCACGACGCGUGCGUGGCGCUCUGCACCGACAUGGCCGAGCAUGUCGUCGAGAACCUCCAGUCCAAGCUUGGCGACCUUGAGUCUCUUUCUGGAGUGAGGCUGUUUAUCCCUGACUUGUGGCAGCCGCAAUGGGACCGGGACGCGCGGCAGGCACAGUGCCUGGAGUGGCUCUUGUCGCUUGUCACGUUGUUCCGCGCAGAUGAAGCCGACGAGAUCCUACCAGGUUAG